UUUCCCUUCUGCGACUCGGAUCAUUCGAUGCUAUCCGACUCGGAGAGCGACGAUGAGCGCGACGUGCACCAAAUAACGAUAAACGAACAUUACGCCAAGGCGUUCGAAUACAGGAAAGAGCGCGAAGAGCUCCAAAAACUCAAGGACCAGUAUGGCUCUGACCCCGACUCGGAGGAAGAGGAGGAAACAGACUCCGAGAGCGCCGAGUCAGAGGACUCAGAUGGAGAAGAGCUCACGCCAGCGAUGGAUGCCGCUAUUUUACGGACACUUGCUCGUAUCAAACGCAAGGACCCUGAAAUCUACACUGGCGGGAAAGAUAUCUUUGCGGAGGAGCAAGAAAAGUCGUCCCACGCCGCGAAAAGUCUUGCUCAGCCCGCCUCUGCUGUGUCCAAAGGCAAGGAGAAGGGCAAACCGCUGACUAUCCGCGCCGCGAACCUCCAAAACGCAAUGCGCUCUCAUUCCGCAUCUCCAGAGCCCGACGAGGCCCAACUUACGCAUGUCGAGGAGCAAAAACGACUGCGCCAGGAGACAAUCGCUGCUUUCCAUGCCCAUGACGACGAAUCGGAUGGAGAGGACGACUUCCUUGUGCCCAGAGAAAAGAACAUGGAGGAGCUUGCUAGAGAAGAGAAUGAAUACCGCGAAUUCCUCGAGAAACAGGUCGGCGACCUGCACGAGUUGGUCGAUAUUGGUGGCUCAGCCGAUGCGCCGGUAGUCGUAAAAGAGGAGGAGGAAGGAGAGAGAAAAAAGAAGAAGAAAAAGAAACGGAAGGCAGAGGACGCAGCAGGUCCGUCGAAGGAGGCAGUAGACCAAGAAUUUUUGGUCAACUACAUAUUAAACCGUGGCUGGAUCGACAAGUCCGCCAAACGAUUGCCGACUUACAAAGAAGUCACUUCGUCUAAGAAGGGCAAGGCCAAAUCCGAAGACCAGCCUGAAGGAUCAGAUGGCGAUGACGAUGAGGAGGAGAUCUUCGAUGACAUUGUCGACCGCUUUGAGAGCUCUUACAACUUCCGAUUCGAGGAAACCGACGGUAAUGAGAUCAAAACCUACCCACGCACAUUGCCCUCCACGGUCCGCCGCGAAGACACCACGCGUAAAGAUGCCCGAGAACGGCGGAAACAGCGCAAGGCUGAAGAACUUGCACAGCGCAAAGAAGAGGUCAAGCGGCUCAAGGGCCUGAAAAUGAAGGAAAUUCGCGCAAGACUAGAACGGGCUGGUGUAGCCACUGGCGAAGUUGAAUCAUUGAAUGAACUGGGCAUCGAUCUAGAUGCGCCAUGGGACCCCGAUGCCCAUGACAAGCAGAUGGCUGGGCUGUAUGCUCUCAAUGGCGAGGAUGAUGGCGACAACGACGGUGACGACGAGAAGCCGACUUGGAACGACGAUAUCGACAUUGGGGACAUCUACGUCGAGCCUGAUCUUGCUGCGCCUGAAAAGAAGCGCAAAAAGAAAAAGAAGAAAAAAGACGAGGCGGCAGACGAAGAUGGUGUCGAUGUGGAUAUAAUGGAUGCGGAUGUUGUCCCUGAAUACGACGCAGAGGAGGAGUGGGAUGGCACGGAGGAAAUGCGGAAGCGCAAACUGAAAGAGUGGAUGGACGAAAUCUAUGCGCUGGAUUUCAAUGACAUUGUCGGUGGUCAAACAACACGGUUCCAUUACACCUCUGUCGCCCCACAAAACUACUCGCUCACCGCCUCCGAGAUUCUAGAGGCCAAGGACGCGGAGCUGAACGAGUAUAUGGGCAUCAAAAAGUACGCGCCGUAUCGCCAGGAGAACAAGUCCGGUUGGGACAGCCACCGAAAUGAGCGCUUGAAAGAGUUCAAGGGCAAGAUUUCAGAACGGUUGGGGCAUGUCCCCGAGGAAGCUCCGGAGAAGAAGAAACGGAAGGGUAAGAAGGAGCGAAUGCGGGAGAAAGGGGAGGCGAAUGGGGAGGAUGAUUCGGCGAAGAAACGGAAACGAGAGGAGCCUGAGGCUGAGGCGCCAGCAGAGGAAAGCGGCAAGAAGAAACGGAGACGGAAGAAGAAAGAUACAGAGGCAUGA